AUGGGACUCGAAACCCCGCGGGGCGAGGGCGACGGCGAGGGCGCCACCAUAUCAUUUCGUCUGCGUAGACGGAAAUACGGACGGUACGUGCUUGACCACAGUGUCGAGCCUGGGCCUCAUGCCCGCUUCCUCCGUCGUGAGCAGCCAUCCAGCAAUUCAACAGGCGGCCUAAAGAAGGAGGCCUCAGAACCAAAGAACCAGUCAGCGGCAUACAAAGUCAUGGGCAGGAACUUAGAGGAAUCUGCUAUGGAACAGCCGCUUCUUCCCCGGGAAGGUCUCUGAUGCUGUCUGGGAGAAGGCUGCUGAUGCUCAUAAAGUAUGGCGGACGGCUGCAAAGAAGUGCCGGGACACAAUGGGCAAAAGCCCCAUCCCGAACUUUCUGCUCGAUGCGCUCCUCGUCGUGACGUUUCUGCGGGCCUUGCUACGGCAGGAAGCUUGGACCAAAGGGAAAGGGUUUUAUGGACCGUCAAAUAUCAAAAGAGAUUUCUCUGUCAAGUGUCAAGAACCAUCUAAUAUGAAAAUCACAUCUUUCUUAGAAUGAGGACAUCUCUCGUGGGUAACCUGGGCGUGACGGAUGAUCGCUGAGACAUUUUCGGCUCCGAAUCGCGUGCAGAUUGAGAUCUUGAGACGGAUUUGUCUCGGUCAUUACUCAAGUUAAGCUGUGGAUGGGCAUCGAUUCUACGCUGAGGAAUUUUGAUCAUUAGAUGUUAUUGUGUGGAGAUGCGGAACAGCCUCUCUAUUCCCGCAGUACGUUAGCUAGCGC